AUGUUUUUUUUUUUCUUGGUAUUUUGCCAUCGCACGGUCACACCGCGCACAUGGUGUGCGGUAACAAAUUUUUGUAGCUUUGCCGGUAAAAAAAAUGUAAAUUCAGCCAUGAUCCGAACGAUUUCCAUCCGCUGGCUGCUGCAACGUGCCGGGGGUAAUCCACACUCCGCCUGGCUGGUGGCCAGAUCCAGAUCGGAUUCCCCCGCCCGCAGCCUGAGCACCACGAUUGGGGUCAAGGCCGAAGCCGCCAAAACGGAGGAGCCCGUGACCAAAGUGGUGGAACCUUCGCAGGCCGAACUGCUGCGUGAAUUCAGUUGCAUGCCGGUGCAGCGCAUCCGGAACUUCAGCAUCAUUGCGCACGUGGAUCAUGGCAAAAGCACACUGGCAGACAGACUGCUGGAGCUCACGGGUGCCAUUGCCCGGAAUGCUGGGCAGCACCAGGUGCUGGACAGCCUCCAAGUGGAGCGGGAACGCGGCAUAACGGUCAAGGCUCAGACCGCCUCGAUAUUCCAUCGUCACAAGGGGCAGCUGUAUCUCCUCAACCUGAUCGACACGCCCGGUCACGUUGAUUUCUCCAAUGAGGUCUCCCGCUCGCUGGCUGCUUGCGAUGGCGUUGUCCUUCUGGUCGACGCCUGUCACGGUGUCCAGGCCCAAACCGUGGCCAAUUACCACCUGGCCAAGCAGCGUCAGCUGGCCGUGGUCCCGGUGCUCAAUAAGAUCGACAUCAAGCACGCCAAUCCAGAUCAAGUUUGCCAGGAUAUGAAACUGCUCUUUGGCAUUGAUCCCAACCAGGUGCUGCGCGUGUCCGCCAAAUUGGGCACUGGGGUAGCCGAGGUGCUGGAACGUGUGAUUGAAACGAUACCGCCGCCACAGGUUCAGCGGGAAAGCGACUUUCGUGCCCUAAUCUUCGACAGCUGGUUCGACAAGUACCGCGGGGCGUUAAACCUAAUUUAUGUGCUGAAUGGCAAGCUGGAGCAGAACCAGGACAUCCAGUCGCUGGCCACCAAGAAGGUGUACCCCGUGAAGAGCAUCUCUGUGUUGAGACCAGCAGAGUGUCCAGUGCCCGGCUUAUCCGCUGGCCAAGUGGGUUUGAUUGCCUGCAACAUGCGGAACAGCAAGGAGUCCAUCGUGGGCGACACCAUACACCUGAAGAAUCAAGCGGCCAGCGCCGCCGGAAGCUAUAGUCCGCAACAGCCGAUUGUUUUCGCUGGAGUUUUUCCAGCCGAUCAGUCCAAACACGUGGCCCUGCGCAGUGCCAUCGACAAGAUGAUCCUCAAUGAUUCGGCCGUGACUGUGAAAGUCGACUCCAGUCCGGCUUUGGGUCAAGGAUGGCGCUUAGGCUUUCUGGGUCUGCUGCACAUGGAGGUCUUUUGUCAGCGUCUGGAGCAGGAGCAUGGCGCCGAACCCAUUAUCACAGCGCCAUCGGUCACAUAUCGUGUGGUUUUGAGCAAUCCAAAGAUGAUCCGGCAGCAGGGACGCGAUACCAUGGAUAUAUCGAAUGCUGCUCUCUUUCCGGAACCGCAUUGCAUUAAGGAGUACUAUGAACCCUUGGUUUUGGGUACAAUAAUAACGCCCACGGACUAUGUGGGCCAGGUGAUCGGACUGUGUGUGGAGCGACGGGGAUUGCAGCAGAGCUCAGUGAAUAUAGACGAAACGCGUGUACUGAUGAAAUACGUGCUGCCGCUGAGCGAGAUCAUCCUUGACUUCCACGAUCGGCUCAAGUCGAUGAGUUCGGGUUAUGCUAGUUUCAGCUACGAGGAUCACGGUUAUCAUCUGUCCCAUUUGGUGCGUUUGGAUAUUCAUCUCAAUGGCAAGCCCGUGGAGGAGUUGUGUCGCAUUGUCCAUGUCUCCAAGGCCACGAGUGUGGCCCGCCAGAUGGUUCUCAAGUUGCGCGACCUCAUACCGAAGCAGAUGGUGCAGAUCGCUAUCCAGGCGUGUAUAGGUAGCAAAGUGCUCGCACGGGAGACCAUCAAGGCGUAUCGCAAAGAUGUGACGGCCAAGCUCUACGGCGGCGAUGUCACCCGGCGGAUGAAGUUGCUCAAGCAGCAGGCCGAGGGCAAGAAGAAGAUGCGCAUGUUUGCCAACAUACGCGUGCCGCACGAGACCUUUAUUAAUGUGCUCAAGCGGUAGGAGAAUCCCAGCCAGAAUUUCCCAUU